CCCUGCAGAGCAGACGCAGGUUGAGCGCGCGCGCGGUGACGGGCAGUGGAGGCUGCGGGAGUCGGGAUGUCGGACUCCGGUACCGAGCCGAGCCGAACCGAGCCGAGCCGCAGCGGGAGGGUGCGGGUGCAGAUGCGCGCGGGGGAGAGACGCGUCCCGCUGUGGUGAGCUGGAAAUCUGCGACAUCUUUAGAUCAAAAGCCAAUUCAGUCUGAUGUGUAAAAAUAAAUAAAUAAAUAAAACCCCUCAGUCAGCAGUUAAAAGAGCUGCGUUUUAAUUUUUUUUUAAAUGCACGUUUAUAGCACGAGGAGCUUUAGAAUAGAAAAGAACGGCACGGAAGAUGACGUCAGAAGCUGUGAGCAGUGAAGGACUGUGUGGUUUUGGUGUAGAUGAGACCUUCCACUUGCUGUACUGACAGGAACACAGCUGCAGACUCUUCAUCAUAAACCCAGAGGCCGUUCGUCCGUCUCCGUGCUCUUUUUAAACACAGCAUGGGGAACGGGUUGUCUUCGGUGGGACCGUUCCAGUCGCUGCACGUGGUGAUGCUCGGGCUCGACUCAGCGGGAAAGACCACGGUUCUGUAUCGCCUCAAGUUCAAUGAGUUUGUGAACACGGUUCCCACCAUCGGCUUCAACACCGAGCGUGUACGCCUGAACAACGGCGCCGCACGAGGCAUCAGCUGCCAUGUUUGGGACGUGGGCGGCCAGGAGAAGCUGCGCCCGCUCUGGAAGUCGUACAGCCGCUGCACGGACGGCAUCGUGUACGUGGUGGACUCGGUGGACGCAGAGCGGCUGGACGAAGCCAAGGCCGAGCUGCACAAGGUGGCACGACUCACUGAGAACCAGGAAGCGCCUCUGCUCAUCAUCGCCAACAAGCAGGACCUGCCCGGCUCCCUGCCCGCCGCCGACAUUGAGAAGAGGCUGGCACUGCGAGAGCUCGGACCCUCGGUCGCGUACCACGUGCAGCCCGCCUGCGCCAUCAUCGGCGAGGGGCUGCACGAGGGCAUGGACAAGCUGUAUGACAUGAUCACCAAGCGCAGGAAGGCACUGAAACAGAAGAAAAAACGAUAAACCUGUUUCAUUUUUACACUUUCUGAAUGCAGUUUUUAUAUCGUGCAGGAAAAAAAUGCAAGCUUGUUUAUAUAAUUAACCAGAUAAGAACAUCAUGUAGAUUUAUUUCAGGUACAACAUCAAAAAGAAAAAACAACAACUUAUUUUCACGUAGUGACUGCUGCGUGAGAAAGAAACACACAGUAACAUCCAUCCGUCCGUCAUCUCCAGCACUUAUCCGUCAGGGUCGUGAGGGAAACUGGAGCCAAUCCCAUCUGACUCCAGGUGAGAGGCGGGGUUCACUCUGGGCGGGUCACUAAACUGAGAUAAACAACCAUCACACUCUCACCUCUGGAGGAUUUAGAGGAGCCAGUUGACUAAAUCCACAUGUGUUUGGACUGUGGGAGGAAACCCACACACACACGGGAAGAGAACACACAAACUCCAUACAGGAAGACCUCGGUCAGCCAUGAGGUUUGAACCCAGAACCUUCUUGCUGUGAGGCAACAGUGAUGACCCCUGCACCACCGUGCCACGCCCACAUGAUCGCUUCAUAAACAAACCAAACAUGAACACAGGUGCCAAACAAACAAAAACAAAGAGUUCUCUGGUAUAAAAGUGAAAUCGAUAAUGCGGGGAAUUUAAUGGGUUUUGAUGACAGGAUUCUGGAAAAGUACAGAAUUUGAAGGCGCUCAGAUCCAGACCUGACUUUUAAAAAAGUUUGAACACACAGUCGUUGCUUGUCAGAGUCCCCAACACAGUAAGAUUAUAAUUCUUCAACAUUAUAAUUAUGUUAUACAGCUGAGCAG